AUGGCCAGCCCACAGCAGACAGCCGAACACCCCAAGCCAUCCCCUGCCAUCCCCUCAACAAGCCAGCCCCGCAGCCAACCACCACCACUCACCAACUACAGCGAGCAGCUCAAACAGACACUCAAGAGCAGCUUCAAGUUCUUGAUCCUCGAUGGCCCUGCCUUCCACUCCAACCAUCAGGCGCUCACAAAGAUGGUCGAAAGCGCGCAAGAGCUGCUGGUCGACGACCCAGACGAGACGAUCUAUCAGAACGAGCUCGACCAGAAGAGCUCCGACCUGAAAGACUCGGAGGACGCAUUCGAUACGGAGCUCAACACCGCCGCCACCCCGCUAGUCGACGGCCUCACCCAAUUCAUACAGGCCCAGGUCGAACGCCAACUCAAGCUCAGACUGGAGGACGCCCUCCGGGCUCACUUGGCUCACUUGGCCCGUCUCGAGAAGAAGUUUGACCAGAAACUUAAGAACCUGCAAACCAAGCCAAACACCGCCGAUCUUGACAAGUGGUUGGAGACCAAGCUCGACACCCUCAAGGCUCAAAUCGACCAAGCCAAUCGAGACGUGCCCGACAAAAUCGUACAAGAGCUCGAGAAGAAACAACAGAGUCAAGCCGAGAACCAACUCCAACUCCAGAAAAAACUCGACGAGAUCGAAGCCACCCACCAGAAACGUUUCGACCAUCUACAAUCCAAGCUGGCGAACAUCGAAGCAAGCCUACUCAACAAACAACGUCCUCAGCUCGGCCCAAUCGAAGAGAAAUCACCCGAGAACGAAUCGUCAGAUCAUACCCAGAACACCGGCCCAGCUGCCCCCAAACCAUCCUCACCAGAGACCGCGAGAUCAACAUCGGCUGGGAAUGCGCUCAAACUCACCCUAUCCCCACAUAUCACCACCAACACCACCCAACCUGCUCACCCCACAAUCCGUCAUCGAUCCACUUCUCAAUCUCAAGCACCCAACAACAACAACCGACCUAAACCGCUCAAGCCCGCUGGUGUAUCCGCCGAGCCAGGUGGAUCACCACCUCGACCCUCAACCGCCUUGGCCGACCGUCCACCACCACCAUCUGACUCUCCUAUCAAUAAUACCACCUCAAACCAUCAUCCAUCCUCUGCUGUACCACCACCUGCCUCUGCAGAAGCCUACUACAACUAUAUCUCAACCCGCUUGAUGAAAAGCAGCUGGCUCCUCGAGUACUCUAAAGAGAAAUUAACUGAUUUCUAUAAACAACAGAUCCCACAAGAUAUAACCCAUCAUCUUGAUCAACUCGGUCUGACCUCCAACCGGGUCUCAGAACUAUUGAGUCUCUUAAACCUGCUUCCCGACCUUGAUUUCGGCUUCAUCUCCAAGACCGGCACCUCCUCCUCCAUGGCCACCCCCAUCACUCCUGGUAGUGCUCAGCUCACCCAUUUCCAUGCCUUACCAGCACCGCCAAUCCACAGUCCGGUUAUUCCGAUCAACUCCCUUCAGUAUCCACCGCCAAUUAGUAUGGCUGCUGUUCCUACCAAUUUCAACUUGGUCGAGAACUUCUCACUUUCUUACUUGAAAGAUAUCCUCGGAGUGAUGUCAUAUCAUGUAAAUCACAUGAAGAUUCGCUUGGACCGAUUCGAGAUCAGGCUAAGCAACGAUGAAAAGUUAGGGAUAGAUCAUCGUGCGAGCAUAACCAAUCUCCUGAAGCGUAUGGAUUCCAUUGAGUCACAAACAUCACAGCUUGCGAAUUCCAAAGCAUCAUCAGAAGACCUGACUGCAUUACAGUCACAGCUCGAUGCCAGGGUCACGUGUGCUCAACGCGAAGCCAAAGAAUCUGGGAAGAAGAUGUGGGACUUGGCGCUGAAGUCGAAUGGAUGCAAGUCGCCUCGUUCAGUCGCUCGUUCACUGGUUGGCCAUCCCCAGGCGUCCUCCGCUGGUAGCAGUACACACGCCAGCUGUCUCUCUAUGGCCAAGAUAGAGCACCAAAUCUUGGACCGACUGUUUGCCGAGCUCCGCCGACUCGUGGCCUCAGCCUCGUCGGCUGCGGACAGCGCGACAGACAAGCCCGCGCCCAAGGAGCGCGAAAAGGGCGAGCUCGAGGAGGGCGAGACCAGCGGCGAAGAGGACGAGUUCAAGGACACGAUCGAGUCGAUCCUCACUGAUGACAGGAACGUCAACCCUCAGACGAACAACGGGGGGAAGACUGGGGACCCGUCCGGACGAUGGAAGGCAUUGGCUGAAAUGGCUAGGUCGCAGUACCAACAGUGUCGCCAGAAGGAGAAGGAGACACUCGUCUAUGAACACCACCACCACCACCACGAUCACGUAAACCAUCAUGUCCGAGUAACUCUCGGCCUGCCCGAGACCUCCAACCAGACCAGCACCAUCGACUCGCUCAGGAUCGGUGCACUGCCCGAACUCGAAAACCUCCAGUCCGCUGGAGUCACCCUGGCCGAACGACGCCGCGAAGAAAUCUUCGCCGAGCAAUCCGUCUCUGGUUCCGCGCCCUCCCUCCAACCUCCUUCCGCUACCAUAAACGAUAUCCCUGUUCAUCCUCAAACAAAUGCUGCUUCUACCUCUACUUGA